AUGCAGACGCUUCAUUGCGACAGUGAUCUCACUCACGAUUUCACGGUCUCCCGGUCUCACUCCCAUUUUGGGGCGGCAGAUCCACGACCCCCUCCCACCACUCUGGACACCCGACGCCUAGCCCGACGCCGGUGUUCCCACCAGCGAACCCGAUGCGCAGCCGGGCUCAGCCCGGAGCUGGCCAUCAACUCGUUGGACACGGCGCUGUCCAGCGGGGAUGAGACCGUGAUCCUGGGCGCGCUCGACGCGGUGUCCUCCUUGAGCAUCGUCCCGCGGAUGGGAUGGGAUUGGGAGAUGCCGCCUGAGCCGUUGAAACAGUUGAACAGUUUGCCCUCGUCGCCGUCUCCCGUCCCCGUGGCCGCAGCUUUCCAACUCGUUGCAACCCGGCCCCUGACGGCACCCGCGCCGGCACGGGGAGCGCGGGCAGCAUCUCCGGGCACGGAGUCGCGCCCUCAUGCGCCACUAAGUCCACUCCUGCUGCGGCGCAACGACGCAACGGCCUCAUCGAGCCCGGUGGAGGAGGCGUCCGCCUCGCCCAACGGAGAGGAGGCGUCGCCAUGCGAGUGCUUCCGCUUGCGACAUGUACGCAUCAAAAGCCUUCUGCCCGAUGGCACCCUGGGACUCUUGCUCCAUGGAACUUCCGUGGUGGGAUUCUGUAGUGAGGAUGUAGCGGAGCAUGGAUGGUUGGUUGGAGAUCAAAUUGUUGAGAUCAAUGGCCACCGCAUCUCUGCGUUCGAUGAGUUCCUGGAACGCUUCUUGGCGGCUCAAGUCCAGGGCUUUCCGAUCGUCUUCAGCGUGCUGCGGAGGGAGCUUGAGACGUCCGCGUCCGGCGUGCCCGAGGGCCCGGCCGCGGAUCCGCUGGAGCACUUCUUCAGCGAGACGGACUUCGGCGACUUGGCGGACCAGCUGAAGAACAAGUUUCCGCCGCAGAAGGCGGCGUCGACGUCGACGUCGUCUCCGCCCUUUCCUGAGUCGAUCUUGGAGAAUCCAUACAUUCAGGCCUUGCGCAAGCGGCGGAGCGAGCUGAGCCGCAGCCCGGAAGGCUGGAGCGAGGAGGGCGGUGAGUUGCGGUCCUUGGCGGCGAAGAUGGCCUCCGAGCGCAACGACGCCUUGGCCAUGUUGUCGAAAGCUGAGACGCCAAGACUCUAUGAGUCUUCCAGAUGCUCCCCUGGCUUCUCCUCGUGCAUCACCUUUCGGCCUUGCAGGGAGAAGGACGUGGUCGAGGAGUUCCGGGCUAGCGACGACCCUGCCGCCAAGGAAGAGGCAACCAACAAGAAGAUGGAGGCCUUGUCCUCUGCUGCGGGUGUCGUGGGUGCCUCCUCAGCAAGCCCCUUGGGAAGAACUGCUGAGGAUGAGGAUGCCGUGAGGUGGCUUUGUUUAUUGCGCAAAUCUGACUGCCUCGCGCGCUUCGGCGACGUGGCCAGCAACCUGCUGAGCAGCGAGGCCGGCGCUGGCGGCGAGGCCUCGGCCACGGUGGCGGAUCAGGCGUCGGGCGCGCUGACGGCGGCGCUGGAUGCAGCUCGGAGGAGUCAGUGGGAGGAAGGAAGAAGCGGUUUUGGGGGGGAGGAGCGGUGCCGUGCGGUAUUGCUUUUCCCUUUUUUUGGGGGUGGCAUGAAAAAGAAGCCGCGAAUGAGUGGAUGUGGGUGGAAUUUUGGAAGAGCCAUGGGCCGGCAAAGCACCAAGCAGCUGGCAACCACGGGAUACCACGGUCGUAGCCAUUUUGGACUCUUGGAGUGGAUAGAUCUGGGUGUCCACCAGGUCCACCGAGCACGGAGCACGGUGGCCACUAAUUAG